AUGAAGAUUCGAUUAGUUUUCAAUAAAAACACAAACCUUCGUCAUCUUCUUUUAAUACAGUUAUCCACACUUAUUUUGAAUCGGGAUAAUGCUUGUGUAGCUGGUUUAGCGGUCGUAGCAGCUGUCGCUGGAACCAAACUUUCAUAUUGA